CGACUGUUUCUGGUUUACACCCAUGAAGUAAAUCAAGAUGGCGGUCGUUCUGUAGAAUUUAUGUAUUUAAAGUCUUCUAGAAUCUGACCUAAGAUGGCUUUUUAAAAUAUUCUCCAGCCUUUUGAAUUCAUCCCUGAAUAGCUGCUGCUAACAGCACAAGAACCAUUGUAUUCCCAAUCAAACAUUAAUGGCGAUCAAACUAUAACCAAACACACGAUGUCGAUUCCUUUCAACAACCUAACAACAUUUUCUCCAAGUGUCUCAACUACGACUCCUCCUGAUCCAAAUACUGUCAAAGAAGAUGGUGGAUUAAUACUUCUGGUGAUCGCUUGUGUUUCUGCAAGUUUAUGGCUGAUUUACAUGACUUUUUAUCAUUCUCGUUUGUUGGGGUAUAUUAUUACAAGGCUUAUUUCUAUCAAGUACAUGAAGGAUGGGCAAUUCUUCGAGAUUGGUUCCUUUUCCCUUUCCAUUUUGUCUGGCAAAAUCAUGUUUAGAGAUGUAAAAUAUAUUACCAAAGACUUGAGCAUACGGAUUGUGGAUGGAUAUGCAAUAUUUAAGUACUGGUUACCAUUUAACCCAGAAGAUGACUAUAAAAAGCCAUACAUGCCUGUUUCAUCAGAUAAUGAAAGAGAAAAUGAGCUGAAAGAUCAAAGACUCAGUAUCUGGAUAAACUGCUUUGAAUAUCAUGUAUAUAAUAGAUCAACAAUUUAUGAUAGACUACAGGAUCUGUAUAAAGCAGAGAGAUAUGGAGAUGCUGCCAAGUCCACUCAAAACAUCCACAAUAUUUCAGACACCUCUAAAAAGGACAGGGAGAAAUCACCUCAGAAUGAUCAAGUAAGGAGUGGUUUACCUGAAUGGGUGCUGGAAUUGGUGCCUGCUAUUAAAUUUGACAUCAGUACGGGUAAAAUUGCAUUUGGGAACAGGUUGUUUGAGACAACAUUGUGUUUUCAGUUUGAUAGUGCUUCUGGUCAUUAUACAACGUCACAGUCUCAUUCUUCACUGGAUCAGUUCAUGCAUGUCGUCAGGUGCAAUGGAAAAAAUGUAAGGGUCAUGCUUUGUCCCAGCCCUGGCUACACAGGAAGCAAGAAUGAACCUCCUCGUUUCAUGGGGAAUGGAUUCGUAGUGUUGCAGACUGCAGCAUGUAAAAUUAAUUACUCUCAGGAUGAACCAGGUCUUGUUCCAGAAGGUAACCCCAGUAAUGUGGAAGCAGGUAUUCCAGAUUCUGAUCCCCACUGGGGAGUUGAUGUGGUGUUCCUCAAAUCAACAUCAAUGUGUUAUGGUCCAUGGGUUGACCGUCAAAGAGAUGCCCUGCAAAGCUUUUUCUUUCCUUUGGACUACCAAGAGAUGACAGUAACAAAACCUCUUCCAGCCAGCCAAACACGUAUCCACACAGGACUUGAUGUCAAAUUUCACUUUGAAGCUGAUGCAAAUCUUGAUAUUCUGUUUUCAAAAAAAGAGGAAACCAAGGCGGUUCAUGUGUGCUUUGGAGCCGGUUCUCAUGUUGGUGUCUACCAACCCUGGACUGUCAAUGAGUAUGGUUAUACGACAUCUGUGGUAACAAAGCUACGCCACUUAGAGGCCAGCACUAGCAUGGCUUAUAGACGACUUGUAGAUACUGAUAGUCUAGAUUUGGCUAUUCAUAUGUCCUUCCCAAGAAUAUGGAAUCAAACUCAGCAUUGGUCAUGUGAUAUCAACGUUUCCAAGGUUACGUGGUGGUUUAUUUUUGCUCAUAAAUGGUUUUUUCAAGAAAUGCUUGAGGACUGGACAACUAGCUAUCGACCAGACUUACUAACGUUCGUUCCCUAUGAAUGGGCAUUUAACAUCAUACUACGAGAUUUUGAGAUGGUGUGGGCUGCCAAUGAACACAACUACCUUGAAUGCACAUCAAACAAACAGGAAAUGGCUGAGUUAGCCUUCUGUGGCGAACUGUUCGAAUUAACAUUUGUUCUGCAGUUUCUACGCUUUCUGCCUGAAGUUGAAGAAAUCAAGUUCUUUCUUCAGGUGGAGAAAGUUGUCGCUAGAAUGUGUUUACCAGAACACGACACCCUCCGUCGAAGCUUUCUUUCCCUCGCUCGAACGUCUACCAAGCAGCACACACAACAUGUUAUUCGAUCAAGGUCAUCAACUAACACAGCACUUCCAGAAGAAGGUGUCGAAAGUGCAGAUGAAACGACAGGUUUUCAUGGAGGAAAUAGUGAAACGACUAGUGGUAUUUUCAGGAGACAUACAGCUGAGAAUAUUGGUUGGGUGGAUGUGAUGUCGGUGCCAAUUCUUGGUUUGUCAAUAGGUUAUACCUACCAUCCCAUCAUUCCUAAUCYGAAAUACAUUGUUCCAAGGGAUGAACCAUUGAGGUAUCAUCCAUCGGCUUUGGAGCCAGAUGUUAUUACUUUAGAGUUGGAAGCAGGACCAGCAGCAUUACGAUUGUUUGGAUCGGUCUUGAAGAUACUCGCUGCUAUCAAGGAAAACUAUUUUGGCAUUGAUCAAGUGUUCCAAGAAUGUGCCUCGUUUAAUACCAGCCAGACGGAAUUCCCAGAAAAAGAAUUAACACACGAUAUUACUACGGACACUAUCAACCUGUUUGCUUUAAGGCCACUAGAGGCUAAUGUGUUUAUUAGCCUGUAUGACUUCAAAGCGGAACUGACCAAGCACUGCGGUGUAAACGAACCUUGCUCGCCUCUUCUGCUGUUCGAAAGACUUACCUUUGAGAUGCACAAGUCGUACGCUGAAACCAGGCUACAGUUGCACUUGACUCCAAUGACUGUCCUCGUAUCUGAUACACAAGAGCGUGGUGUAUCUGGACAGCACUUGUCUCAAGGUCAUUUAAGUCUGUCAGGGUUUCAGCUUCGUGGCCAUGCAAUGUUUUCAGGCAAGGAACUGCCACCAGACAGUGAAACUCUAGAGUACGCAUGGUUAACAGAGUUACAAUUUGGAAUCUUAUCAGGGAAGAUCACACUUCCUCAGCUUCAGGCUCUGUUGAACUGGGGUCAGACGUUUGCACUUCACCUACUAAACAAAGAAAACCGAUUAAGACCAAUAUCAACUUAUAAAAGGUGCAUACAUGGACGCAGACAAAACUGCUGCUCAGCUCUUGCAAAUUUGACCACAAAUCUUAGUACUGCUCAUCAACGGAGCCCUCAACUUGAAAGCAAAACCGAAAAAAAAGCAAAAUCAACGAAUCCUGAGGACAAGACAAGAAAAACAAGCAGCCUGCAUCCAAAGCUAUCACUGGGAGGAAAGAGCAAAGGUUCAGUAACUCCAGAAACUAAAGAAGAAGAUAAAGAAGAUGCAAAGACGGUAUGCCUGACAGAAGAUGAUCUGAAGUAUCGCAUGACUCGCAUAUCAGUGGAGGAUAUAAAUCUGUUCAUCGUAGAAUCAGGCGUGGCCUGUAACAUGCAGGUCAGUCCAGUAAGACUUGCCAUGUGUAAUCUGCAUAGUGACAACCAAACAACCGGUUUAAGCCUGUUUAUACAGGCAGUCAAACUACGUCAAUUUGUCCUUGCUCCACGACCUAUAGUAGAUGAUCCUGUACUGGAUGAUGUUCACAAGAGGAUGUCCCUCUGUGAUGACGUUAUUUGGAUGGAAGCUGCAAACCUGUUCUUUGGACCCAUCAUCACUGAUUUCUCUUUGGCCGAAGGACAAAAUGAGCAACUUGACCAGAAAAGUUUCCUGGAAAUACACGAUGAAAAGUAUCAACGCAUUUGGUUUUUGUGGAGUUUAUCAGAAAAACAUCAUCCAAAGAAACGUCCAAGUUGUUGUGGUUGUGUGGGGGGAUGUAACUUUUUUGGUAAAAAUGCUAAUGGACUAAGGUUCUUUUCCUCGGAGAAGCUGGAUGCGAGUGCAAAUGAUACAGGAAUAACAGGGUUUGGUUCUGAAGGUGGUUUCUAUGACGACUGGGAGCUGAAUGAUGAAGACGAAGCCAAGCCUCCUUACAUGUACUCCCAUGACGCUCUUGGGUCCUCAUAUCUCGAUCAAAGUCCAGUCGGAUCAGUUGAAGCGUUUACACGCAAACGAUACCAUGGGUCAGAAGCAAGUAGCUCUCCUAAGCUGAGAAGGCCAGCAUAUCUCAGGCGUCCUGCUACUAAACAAGAAGGAGGCCAUGAUCAGGAACAUGAGCCAACCAGCCGUCUUAGUUGGCAAAGCUCACUAAGGCGUACCUCGUCGAGUGUUUCAGCCAAAGCAAAGUACAUGCAGACAGGUAGCCUUCAAGGAUCCAAAUCACACAUCCCACCACGCACCAGGCAGCUUCAUAGCUACUCUUCACAAUUAUCACGUGAAAGCGAAGGGUCGUUCUACUCGUGUGGAAGUCUUCUUGAUGACUUAGAUAAUAUGCCACCCUUACAUCAUGGGGUAUCUGUGGAAACCUUUGAGUCUGCUGUAGAGGAUCCAGACGACCUUAUGAAGUUUGGAGACAGUGAGGCACAUUUUUCUCACUUCGUAGUUUCCUGUCCGCAGCUUGUUAAUCGAUACUCACAACAGCUGUCGCAGUUAGAAUGUUUAAACUGGAAUGUGCCAGCAGCAAUCCCAACCAGCAAAAGGAUGUUCAGCAUUGUUGAGAAUCUUAAGGAAACCGAACCUAGUGAUCCGUUGGUUCUUCCUGGAGUACCGCAGUUCAUCUAUCUCAAUCCUCCAAAGUUCAAGCCACCUCUGCUAGUGAAAAAAUAUCAAGGAGUCAAAAAGAAAGAAGAACAAGAUGAAGAUGCUGAUGUCAGCUCGUCAGACAGCGGCUCUGUUUACGAUGGCAAUGCAAAGUUAAACCUCUCUCAAGUGGAAAAACCAAGCCAAGACACUGAGAACCUGCAUGUUGGUGAAAACAGUGAGCAAGAUUCGCUGCGUAAAGCAAGGUGGAAGACGGCCAUGAAUGAGGGCAGCCAGGGAUCUUUGACGUCUGUCGAUUCAUCAUCUGAUAUCCAGUCAUCAAAGAAAGAACAACGCCCACUUCAAAACCUAGCGAUCUUUAGAUUUAAUGGUGAUAUCAAUAUAUUCCUGACCCCCUUGUGUGUGGAUGCAUUACAAAGGUAUAUCUCGUCGAUAUCUAGACAAGAUUGCAUUCUACAUCCUGCAUUAGUGGUCGAUUUAGUGCAUGACAUGUGCACCAGUACGGCCGAAAAACUUUAUCACAAGCGUCUAGAUAAUAACCUCACAUCAGCAGUGGAUGAUACAAGUGUUACCAAAACAGACGAAGUCGUUGCAUUGAUCUCUACUUCAAAUAUAAAUGUUUGCUUUCUACAAGUUGCUGUACCCGAAUUGAAAGCAGAGGGAAGAAACGACUUGGACUUACUCGAGUUCCAAGAUGAAAGCUAUAAAGCAAAAGAACCAAGCACUUCUCUUCUUGCUGGAAGCCUUGAUGGGAUUUCAGCUAAGGUUUUCUCAGUUCAAAAAGCAGCAGUCAAUAAUCCAAAAUCUUCUGACAGCCACCUUGACAUGCGUCAAUCUGACGAACAAUUUACUUUAAACAGUAAGCCUUCAUAUACCAAUCCAGUCUUUUCAAACAAACCUUUACAUCGUAAUACYUCGAUGGCUUUCAAUGGCAAGUGCAAUCAAGUCCAGCUGCAGCUUCAUGAACUGUGUAACAAGAGCGAUUUCGAGGACAGCAUCACCACUGCUAUUACAGACAAAUUAACCAAGUCAAAAUUCCUCGUUAAUGGAGAACAUUUACAUAGCUUUACGGAUUCUUCUGAUACAGAUGAUUUACCCCCAGGCUCAUACCUCAGCCUGUUAAUGCUAGAGUGUGGACUUGAAAAGAUAUAUGUUAAUGGAGGAAGCGAGUGCGGGAAUGGAUGUGAAAUACUUCCUAAGAUUGGACAUAGACCACCGUCUCGUCAUCGUAUGGAGAGAGACAAGACAAGUAAUGGGAAUGGAGAGAUAAUUGAUAGUAACGGUGCUGUUCUCCAUGGAUAUUGCAACCCCAUGUCAGAACAAGAAACUGGAUCAGUACGAAUAAACAUGAACACAUCCGAUGAUGAUAAUAAUAAGUCAGGAAAAAGUGGGCUUAGUUCUUUAACUUCAAGUUUGAGUUUCUUAACAAGUUUUACCGGAGGCAGCGACUCUGAUAUCGAAAGCGAGGGAGAUGGGGAUGAGGGCAAGGCAUYAUUGCAGCCAAGCAAGAGCCAAAGUGUCAAGAAAGGGGACCAAAAAAGGGAUGACAAAGAAAGUCCGCAAGACAGUCAGCAGGAAGUGGAGCUUGCUCGUCGCAUAGACGUGGAAAUUUGUCUGUCAAGCAUCUGGUUGAACAUAGCCUCGCCUCCAUCAUCUCGAACACUCCCUGAAAACUACCACCUUUACAACAGCCUUGUGACGACCAUUGUGCCGUUAUCGGUUGCUUGGAUUCCAGGCAUUCUGGAGCUCACCCACCUGAUCAAGGAUGUAAWAGUUAACAGAGAUAUGCGGUUCACAAGUGUCAUCGCCUGCUUGAUGUCACAAGCUUUACCUGAGCACGGAAAGAUACCUAAAAAGCAUGGUAUUCAUUACCUGGUCACCACUAUUUCCAAGUCUCUACAAGAAGAUCAUUCGAGCCAACUGAUAUACCAUCUACGCCGGCAGCUGAUGGGGUCAAGACUUAAUAAAGUCAAGACAGCUCUCUUACAGAAGGAAAGCAUUCCCGAAACAAAAAGACUAGUCAAGGGGAUAUUUGCUUUAGCGAGGCAGUGGAAGUGCUUCCUAGCCGGUACUGAAAAAGGAGAAAUAUUGUUUUACGGUACAAAUUCGAUCAAGCGGCAUGUUGUUGGGAGGGGAGUACUUACUGAAAGGGACCGUGCUAUACUCAUGAGAGAAGAAACCAACGUCAAAGAAAGUGCAGCGCCAACUCAAGAAGUUGGCACURAAAUAACAGGGGGAACCUUGGAAACAGAGAAGGAUGGUGUGCAGUCGGUGAACGACGAUGAACAGCAGAAAGUUCUGAAGGAAUCUUCUUCUUCUCCUGUUAAUCAUCCUUCGAAACCUGCGGCUUCACUUACCCUUCCACUGGAAACUGUCCAGACAUCACACCUAACUUCUAGCCAACGUACCCCUCUGCUACGCGCCUCUUCUGGUGCUCAGCCAAACAGCGAUUCAGACACCGAUGACUCGCCAAACACUACUUUGCGAAAAGGUCAACAAACGAAAUCUCUUGCUGAAAAUAAAGCUCAGAAAUACGGUCACAGAAAACAGAUAAGUCUUUACAGCUGGCUCUCUAGCACUCCUGUGACAUCGCCAAAUACAUCUCGGCAGCCAGGUGUGGUUAGUCACCUACUACAAAGUCAAUCUACUCAAGUGUCGCCAGAUAAAUCAGAGCAAGACAACAAGCUAUUCACAGAGAUGGUCAGUGUUCCAACGAGUGGGAAAAAAAUCCAAGAUGAGAAAGAGACGUUUAAAACUCUACUUCAGGCUAUAAACUUGAAGCCAAAAAUAGCAGAGUCCGUGGAUACCGCCAAUGCCAUCUCAUUAAAAACUAGUCUAAAAUAUAUUCGUUUGGAUCUCGUGGAUAACGAAGUGAACAAUAUGUCAAAGAAGCAAAGCCAGGAAGAGGGAACAAGACAGCGCAGUAGUAGUGAAUCUAAGAGAGCUAAAGAGCUUCUUACAGAGAAAGACCCCAUUUUUCUUGCCAAGGAUUUCGCCUUCAGGCUAAUCUUCAGCAACUCACCAAAUGGAAAAGAUUUUUCGACUGACGUGCCAUCGCUAGCCAAUACCAUGGUCAAACACAUCAAGUUUAACGUUAGUUUUGGGAACGUUACGCAAAAAAUCAAUCUUCCCUUCGUAAGACUUACAAUUCAGCUCCUGGACAUGGUGGACUUACUUGCAUGGUUCAUCAAGUCUAAGCAUCAGGACAUAAUUGGUGACAGCGAGGACGGUCCUGCUCCAGCAUUCACUACCAUAUUCGGUCCUAACGAUAGACCGUCAGUUUCCCCGAGCAGUGUCAAGUGUUGGAAAACAAUGUACCAAGUGUUGGAUUUGUACUCCUCUCUACCACGCGAACCUAAAUCUAAAGGGAACUGURAUAAAGCUAGUGGCUCCAGGCCAGUGCGUAUUGAUCUCCCAUCUCCAGAUCAACCAAAAGAAGUGAAAAUCGAUAUUGAGGAUGGGCCUGAUUUGCCACUUGACAAGCGUCGGUCAGUCAUAAGCCGAUCAACAUGGGAAUCUAAAGUUCAGGAGUCUAACUUCGUUGUCGUGCCCACAUACAUUGUAUUGGGUGUGGUAACCUUCCCAAGGGCACGACUACUUGCAGCCAUUGGUGAUUUACUGCUAGAAACAGAAAUCAGAGAUAUCAGUCUGGUUCUUACUAGAAAGGAAGAGAAAGAUAACAAUGAAACAGAUCACUGUUCAGGGUCAGUAUCUGGACAUGUUGGAAGUGUCAACAGUGUGCUACUCGAGAGAGUCAAGCGUAAAACUGGAAUGGUUGUAAGCUGCCACCUUUCGCGUUCAAAUGCCAUCUACACGACAGCCUCAGAAUUCCAGCGUGAAAAGAACCUUGCUCUGAUUACAAUCGGUGUGAUUAAUGUAGAGAUUCCACAACAUCCAGUGGCUCUGCAUACCAUGAUGACACGCAGCUCUCGUACCAUCUCCAGGCAUAUCACCGAUAUACAAACCCAGAGAUCAGUUAUCAGGUCAAUGGGUAGCCACGAGAUGAGCCCACAACGCUUAAGUAAGAGGAUAUCUGGUGUACCUGCAGAGUUCGUCAAGCACCAUCUUGGAUCUCCCACAGGAUUUAAAAUGUUCUCUCCAAUUGACAGUGUUGAUGGCACUGAACUAACUGCCACUCGUAUCAAGUUUGAUGUUAUUCUCAAAGGUUUCUCUUUGGGUGCUUCACUGUUGCCAUCGCUACGUGCAGGUUACAAGAUUGGAAGAAUUUCUGCUACUGCACACACUGGCCCAAGCAUAAUGUUCAAAGCUUCGAUGCCGUCACACAGGCUGUCGUUCUCAUCAAAGAUACAGACUUUCGAAACAAAUGUUCCUUCUUCCACAUUGGUUGAUUUACCUCCAGUGAAAGUGUCUGGGGAAUUUCUGACCAAUCGCAAUCGUCAGCCAAAGUAUGGUAUAGAUGGUAUGCCGACUCAGCAGAGGGGUAAAAGAGGUCACUUGUAUGUCAGUACUGAAAUAGGUUCCUUCCAGCACAGUCUCACUACAGAUCUACUCAACCACUUGGUGUUUGUACAAAAGAGUUUCAUGAAGGAAGUGAAUGACGUAGUGCAGCGUGUGUCAGGAGAAAGUCAGCCUGUUCCUCUGUGGCGCACUGUAUCUUCAGAAAGCUUGGACUCUUCCAAACACAAGGAAGCACCUUUCUUAUAUUCUUUUGGGCUCACACUUAAGGGUAUACAAGUGACUGCGACAACCCCAGCUGCUACGGCGGUUCGUUUAGACACAGGAGAAAUAUCUCUUGAGUUGUCCAACGCCAUUCCUUCACCACUGGAACCAGGAAGACUGAAAAGAAGUGGCAGCUUUGUCAAGUUAUUUGGAAAGGCCCAGGUCGAUGUGAACCUUUCUCUGGGACAAUUCAUGAAGAGCCGUAUGAUUGACAAUGAACUGGACUAUCUACAAAUGGCUUAUUUCAAGACAACUAUUGGAGUUAAGAAUUCGUUUCAGGAUGUAAGCAGUAUGUAUGGCACUGAAGACAAGGAAACCUUUUUGAUCACAUUGGAGCAGCCCAAAGUCUUUGCUCAACAGAUGGCCUUCGAUAAAGCUGUACUGGUCUACCUCAAUUACAAGAAUGCCUAUGACCAUUGGAAUAAGCAGAGAAUGGCUUUAAAUGAUGAGGUGCACACGGCCACCCAAGCCUUACUGGAAAAACUGCCUGCAAGAACACAUGCAGCCCAGUUGUCUGGCUCGUUGUUUUUACAGCUUACUGUCAAUAGGCUUGGCAUUUGUGUGCCACUGCUGACUCCAAAUCAAACAACAACAACACAAGGAACUCACUUUAAACAAUCAGAUCACGAGCAAGUUUCUGCUUUGGUACUCUCAGUGGAGGAGAUGAUGCUGUCUUGUUGUUCAAGCACGUCUUUUGUCAGCAAAGGAAAAUUCAACAAAUUUUGUCUUUGGUUUGCCGACAAGUUUGAUAAGGAGGCUUCCGACUGGAGACCUGACCUCACCUCUCGCCUCAUGAACAAAUGUGUGGUACCUCAUGGCACCUACGAAUUGUGCUCUCGAACGAAUCGAUACCCAGUUGUUUCAGCACCAGAAAUGGUGAAGACUGGUAAGUGGAUGAUGUCCAUUCGCUGGCAGAUGUGCGGUGUUGAGAUCCUUUUCGACACGAACAUUGGCAAACGACUUUCAAUGCUUGGCUCUACUCUAACUACAUUUGGUGGGGGAACAGACAUCGCAAACAUGGAUUCUGUUGCUGAAGUAACAGAAAAAGACGUUUUUGAAGAACCUAGUAACUUAGAUGAAGUCGAUAGCAAAGCAGCAACAAGCCACAAGCAAAGGAAACGGAAUAUUGAGAGAGAAAUGUGGGAACAAGCUCGAAGAGUCAACGAACUCAGAAGACGAAAUUAUGUCAGUCAUUUGGAGCUAGAAAGAGAAACCAAAAUCUUACAAGACUUGGAGAAUGCUGUAUUUAACGAGUUUCGUAAAGAUGUUCGGAAGAAGCUACGUAGACAUUCCCGGAGCCGGCAAAGUAGCCAGCGUCAUACCCUUUCACAACCAAGUCCUCCRCUUCAUCGAAAGGCAAAGACAGAGCGUGUUAAGGGGUCAAGAUCACGCACCAGGGUACGGAGGCAGAUAGUCGAAGACUUCAACGAGUCAGAUUUUGAUGUAAGCGAGAUGGUUGAUAUGAGUGCAACAUUCACCCCACAGAAACGUGAUAGAGAUUACUUUUUGAACAAGACUGAUAUUCCAGUUGUGCCACCUUUCAACUUGGAAGACGAUCGACGAAGCAAAGUCGAGCAAGAUUUGGUAGAAUUGGAGAAUCGCACUGCCCAGGACAACAUGUCACCGCUUGCAAGUACACCAGACAACAAAGAUGCUKCCGGGGGCUACACAAAAGUGACCUUCAGCACGAGUACUAACGAUAUGAAUGAUGAAAACAGGGUCAACCAAAAAGCCGAUGUAUUGCAACAGCAGAACUUGGACUUUGAAUUGGAUGUCAUCGUAAACAUUGAUAGCGGUAAAUGUGUACUUCAUUCCGUCAAUGAAAGCGACGUUGAAGACGCCAAUGAUCAGCGUCCUUUAGCAACCCGUUUGUUUGGUGCAGACCCCCCAAGAACUAGAGGUGGUCGCCGUUACAAACCAAGUAAUCAAGACACCAACUCAUUACCGAAGGAUACAGUAAYCUUGCUGCCUGGAGUAGAUGUGCGUGUUAACUAUUCCUCAAACUUUGAAAGUGAAUCAGGAAUUGCUUCAACUCUUACUUCAGAUAGUUCAGGAUUAUCUGCAAGUUUUUCCCUGCACCAACCACGUGAUCAACUCUUCACGUCACCACCAGAGGUGCAGGCUCAGGGAUCGACUUUAAGCCGUAAAGUCUCCAAGAAAGCAGGAGUCUACAUAUCUGUGUUAUUUCAAUCUCUUCCACAAGAAAUGGUCUUGAAGCCGUCUUUAAUUGAUUUCUUAGAACAAGCCCUAGAGCCGAUUAUUAUCCCGUUCGGGGAUGAAGGUAUUGAUGGGGUUGGGUCUGUUUCAGACAAUAGCAGUGAUCCUGAAUUUGAAACAGGCGACUCAAUUGUGUCAUCAUCAAUGUCGGAGGUGUCUUCAUUUCCUGUCGACGUCGUGGUGGUUUUCAGAGUACAGCCAUCAGAUAUUCGUCUGAGUUGUCAGCCAGUCUCAAAAGUAGAGUGCAUGCUACGAUUACCUGCACUGGAUGUUGUGUUUUCAUCCAAGUCUAGUCCUACCAAAUCCACUGUCCUGGCCACUCCUCAACAGACGCUGUUUGGAGAACAACGUAAACAAGAGGCGAGAGAGACUCAGGCAUUCGAUAGCGGUGGAGUCAGUUUUACUUUCUGUCUAUCCAGUUUCUCUUUCUGUAUAUUCCAUCCAUACGGAAAAGAGCACACUGCCGUAGGUAGAACUACCAGUGCACCUAUGGAAGGUGAAGCCGACGUAAGUGAAGAAAAUCGACCACGCUUCCGUUUUACCCCACCCCAGCCGAUCUCAGGGAAAAAAGACUCGUUGAGUCUGGAUGUAGAGUUUGUAAAAUUUCAUCUUUCAAGACGGCGUGUUGGAAGUUCUUACGUGAACGACAGCAGAGAUGGAUCGAACUCUUCAAGUAGUUCAUCUACAGUCGUCAAAGUAUCUGGUGUCUGCGAUAUUGGAUCAGCGGCUUUCACGUAUGACAUGCGCCGACUGAACGAGAUCUUGGACUUUCCAAAGGCUUGGUAUAAAAGAAAACUUGUCAGUAGGCUGUUCUUAGGCAAGGAAGGCUCUUAUGCUGCCAAAUCUGUUAAUGUAGCUACAGACGUGCCUUAUCAACCAUCACAGUCAGUCAUCAUGGAUGAUAUGGGACACAAGAGAAGAUCUUCACCUAGCGUGACGGAAAACCAGAGACCAAGACCUUCCCAAGGACGGCCGCUGUUUUCGCGUUCUUUGUCUGAGGAUGAAAAACGACUUCCAAGUACCCUCACUCCGCUCAGAAUACCAAACAAACAAAAAUCAGCAGUUACGAAAAAAGGUGCUUCUCCACCGUCUGGAAUAUUUGGUUUUUUUCCAACUUCGCCUACUCUGUUCCGCUCAAUGACCAUGACAGGAAAUAAAUAUGGCCUGCUGUCUUCAAAUUCUGCUGCUCCAUCACCUGCAAACCGAAAACAUGCAUUUACUGAGCAAAAGAGCCGCAAAAAGGAAGAACAAUCGCCAUUACUUGUUGCUGAGCAGAGUUCUUCGGAUACAGAUGUUGAUGGACCAUUAAGCAAGUCAUCCUCUUCAAGCUCUGGAUCCAAGUCAAAGUGGGAGACAGUUAUUGUAGUAGCGUUGAACUUGUCACGGCUAGAUGUUAACACUAAUAUGGGAAGUGUCAUGGGACAAACCAUGUGCAGUACUAGUGACCUACGAGCUCAARGCCAUCUAACACUCACCAGCACUGGUAGGAGACACUUUAAAGCCAAACUAAAAGUCAGGCAAGCCGUUUGCGAGUCACGAAGUGGUAUAGUUGGUGGCCAUAUUGAAAUCAACGAGGUCAUAUCAAAAGCAAAUGUUACAGAGGAGCGCGGCUGCAAACCACAACAUUUGAUGAAUUUUAAAGUUGGUCAUUCUGAAGCCCGAAUAGACUACAUGGGGACCUGUAUUCUGAUGGGUAAUGUUUCGGCACUGAAGGCUGAUUUGUGCGAUGAAUGGAUCUUACAAGAUGUUCACAGUGCCUCGACAGAUACCUUGUUAGCAAGCGACAAAGAAACUCCCAUUACUUCUAAAAUCUAUGUCCGGGCUGACAUGUCUUGGACAGACUUCAAAUUAAUGAUUUCGCGUUCAACAACUCCUGACUUUAUCAAGAUGAUAGCAAAGAUCCAGGAAUUCUUUACACAGCAGCACAGAAACAGUAUCCGUGCUCUUUCGACUCUUCGCAACCCAACACCACUUGCCACAGGAACAAUACUCUCCAACCUAGCAAUGCAUCAGCUGUCCGUUCCUCAAAACAAAGAAAAGGACACAGAAUGCGACGGUCUCAAGUAUCAACACUGGAGCAAAGUCCUUAACGCACUGGCCGGCUUAAAGCUGUGCAUGUUAACUAGCCCAAUACCAGAGCGAGGAGUUGUGCUUGGUGGCAGCCUCGCUCUUCACGGCAAGACAGUUUCUCUAGCCUGCUUUCAUGGCGUGAAUUUCCGGGCUCAGUCCUGGGUCUUGUUCAACUUGAAGCAGUUUUACACCGAGUUUAACAGCAAGGUUCGCUCGGAAGAAAAAAGUUGUCAGGUUCGACGAGUGAAAGCUGUUCAAACCCUUCUGAUUAGACUUGGCCACGGCGAUGAAGAGGCAAGCAUUCCAGGAAAUUUAUCGCCUUCCUCUGCACACRUAGCAAUAGUACGAAAGGUAUCGCGCGGCCGUCGUAAUCCUCCUUCAAUGGGAAGCACGGUGCAGGAAUGGUUGACAUACGUGUGUGCUACUGAAGAUGAUGACAUCUAUCCAUCUGAUGAAGAACCUGCUGCUUCCAAACAACGAAGUGAUUCCAGCAAAAAGGCCUCUCAGACCAGUCGAAGUCGUACAAGUGGUUACCGGUAUGAGCAUGAUUCAGAACCUAUAUUUGCUCUUCCAAAGUUUGAAGUGGAAUUGAUAACAGAACACGAUAUGCCUAUGAGUUACUUGGCAUCAACCUGGGCAAGAAGGAAGCAUUCCACUGGAUCACGUGUGCUGCCUGGACCAUCAAGCCCACACGUGGUGGAGUGUUCGCUCGUCUCUUCUUUUAAAGACAGUCUGUGUGUCACUAUGGAUGUCGGGUUACUUUUCUUUCUCCAUGAUGUAGUCCAAUCUUACGUCAAAGAAAAUGAAACAUCUUCUUCAGGUUCAAUUCCACGAAGCAGCCCAUCUCCUGCUCAAGUCGAGCAAGAUUCCAAGGUUUCUGAGAAAGAAGACAGAGAUAAAAGUAUCAAAGUUGACCAACAGAAGCGUGUCCGCCAGUUUAGAAGCAAAGUAUGGAAACUCGAACCCCGAGUUCGCUUCAUGUCAUGGGCUGGCAAAAACAUCGAUCCUGUUAACAUGGAUUGGGUUUUACAAAAACUUGGAUUCACUCAUGCAAGGCUGACCAUCCCUAAAUGGGCCCAGCGAGGAGCAAUGGAUCCUAUGGAUGUUGUGAUCUGUUUAUUGAUUGAUAAACUCAUGGCAGCAAUGCGCGAGGAAAGUAAGGAUGAGUAGAAUCGUGCAACUAACAGAAUAGCAGAAUGAAUGAAGGAAAGAUAUUUUACAUAUUCACAGAUCGCUUUUAAGUGCUUGAUCUCAACGUUUUAUCAGUUUCAAAGAUUUUGAGUAUUAGGGAAUUUUUAUUUAAGCUUUGAAAAAUUGAAAGUAAAGGAUUUCAUAUUUUCCUGAUUUUUCAAUUCAAGAUAUUGAGUAGGAGGUAGAGUAAAAGUUGCAUUUAAAUAAUUUUUAUUGGUGUAUAGAACACAAAUUCUUAUUGCAUCUUUUUUGCUCUUCGAUUGGCUCAAAAACGUCAUUCCCCAGCAAUGCUCUUAAUUUUAUUUAUAAUGAUAAUAACAUUUGGUAUGGGGAGGGGGUAGAGCGGGACACUCAAGAUUAACUGCUUCAAUGCAGGUUUUAGAUCAUUUUUCAUGUUUCAUGACCUGGACAUCAUCAGACAUUUUUCUAAAUUUAUUUUGGACUGCCAUAAAUGAUCACAGUAGUAAUAAGAAACACAACAAAGAAGCAUUUCUAACUGUUACAGAUAUCUGAUCAGUUAAUUACAUAUUAUAUUAAUAAAACUGACAUUCUUAUCUCA